UGUGAUGCUACAGACUAGGCUACGGACGGUCUCUGCUGCGCGCCACAUUCACUAUGUUGACGCGAGGAAGAGCAGCGUCUGACAGGAGCGCACCUCCACUUCGCCUUUAAACAUACUCAACUCCACAGCCAGCAGUCAUGUCCUGUACUGGGGAAACCAUCUCUGCCAAGAACGAGAGGGAGUCUACUUGUCCCAUCUGCUUGCAGCUGUUCUCUGAGCCAAUGUCUCUGCCCUGUGGACAUAUCUACUGUCUGCCAUGUUUACAGACCAUGUCUGCAGGACUUGAUCAAAACAACUGCCCUGAAUGCCAGCAGGAGUACGGUGGAACUGAUGCCUUGGUGAAGAACAUGAAAAUGUGCAGCAUGGUUGAAGCACAUAAAGCUGCUCUUGGAAGUGAUGUCAAUGCAAACAAAUCAUACUUAGACUGUGGCAAAGAAAUGACCGCAACAGAACAUAGAGAGGUAACAUGCUAUUGCUACCAAGCAACCGAACCAGCUCAGAGCCAAUUAAAUGAGCCUGAGAAGCAGAAUCCCCUGGAGGUCCAAGAUGGCUACAGGACUGAGUUAGAUUCCUCAGGGCCCCUACCCGUAUCUCCUAAACUGCACCUGCCCACUCCACCUAAACCAGAAAGCAACGCAACAAAGAAAACUGAGAUGGAAGAACCUAAAUUCCGACUGGCCUCCCAACUCACAGAGUUGACCGUCAGGUUAGACAUGGCCGAGUGUGCUCUGAGGAAGGAGAAGGAACGGGAGGAGGAGGUGAGUGCCGCCAAUGAGGAGCUGAGAGCGGCCGCAGCAAAACUUCUUCAUGACAUCCAAGCUCUGUCCCUGACCUACAGUGAGGCGGUGACCCGGUUAAUCGAAGGAGAGCUGAGCCCGGGUGAGGGUAACCUACGCGCCAGGGUGAGUCAGGCUUCCCAGCUGACCGAGCAGCUGAGACACACAGUGCUCAGCGCAGAGUCCCUGUUGACCGAAGACGACAAAGCCACGUUCACCGAGGAUCUGAACCUCCUGCAGCCACGCAUCGCGCAGCUGAUGAGCCAGCCUCAGGCGGGGGAAGAGGCGGAGCCCGGAACCGCAUCAAAAAGGAACGUCACGCUCGCUUGCGCCAAGCUGGAGGCAGCAAACGCUGAUUUCAAGGCGGGCACGGGAGACAUUCACCGCGCGCUCCGGAACCUUCUCAACCCGUCGGAGGUGACCUUCGACCCGGACACCGCCCACCCCAACCUGGUGCUGUCGGGUGACAUGAAGACGGUGACCUACGGUGCCACCAAGCAGGCCUAUCCGACCUCUCCGGAGAGGUUCACCAGCUUCCUCCAGGUGCUCAGCAGCCAGAGCUUCUCCGGUGGGGAGCACUGCUGGCGGGUGGAGCUGGAAGGCGCCCCGUGGGCCAUCGGCGUAUGCUACAGCGGGCGGCUGGCCCGCAGCGGGCUGCCCAGCGCACUGGAGAGCAGCCGCAGCUCCUGGUGUCUGAUGUGGUCCGAGAACCGCCUGAGGGCUUUCGAGCGGGGUCACGAUGUGCCGCUGAAGUUAACCACACUGUCACGGACUCUGGAGGUGCGGCUGAGCUUCAAGAGCCACAGGCUCAGCUUCUACAACGUCUGCCUGAGCGGGGAAAAGACACACGUGUACACCUUCAAUGCUGUCCUCACAGAGCCGGUUCACGUUGCGUACAGGAUGAUGUCCGCACACCCGAAAGCUCGUAUCACUAUUGGGGAGGCGUUACUAUAAGAUUUUUCUAUUAAGUGCCGUCGGUAAUGAAACGAGAGACACUUCAUCAAAUAUGGUACAGAGAGAGAAAGUGUUUUUGUAUAUAUUUGAAGGGACUACAUGUAGGAUUUUACCAUGCAUUAAUCUGUUAAAUGGGCAAUAUAAGAACAGGUUGUCAUUUACAAUACAACAAUUGGGCCCGGAACAAGAACGGAAGAGACAUGUGAUGAUGGCAAGCGUUGGUAAUUGCAAAUAUUCUAUAGUGCAGAAGCUUAACCUAUAAAUAUACCUGUAUAAUAUACUGUGGGUCAAACAGCAAUAACUUUGUUAGGUGAUUUGACAAAGGUUUUGGAUGACGGAACAUUUUCGUAAUGAGUAACUGAUGCCAAGAACAAAUAACCACAGAUAAAUGUAGGACCCCGUCAUGGUUGCUUGCAACUAUAUAUAUUGUUAUACUUGUAAAAUAAAAAAAUCUUUAUUAA